CCCUCAGUGGGCCAGUAUCCGUGGACUCACAAGCUGUGACUUGUGAGGAUCAUGAACCAUUGCAGAUAGCAGGCACGGGGCGGAAAACUGUAGCCCGGAAGAAACAGAACAUCACUGUCAUCAGCUUAUUUUGGACUGAAAGAUUUAUUGACAGUUUGAGUGUUUCAAGCGUCACCAGCAUCAUGUGCCCGCUGCACGCAAUGAUUCCGGAAACAUGGAUGUUGACAGCACUGGUUCUGAUAGCACACAGUAUGCUGCAUACCUCAGCGGAAUCGGGAAAACCUAAGAAGCCUACAAACAUCAUAUUCAUGAUGGCUGAUGAUCUAGGCUGGGGUGAUGUUGAAUACAACAACGGUACAGCACGAACUCCUCACUUGAACGAGAUGUCCACAGCAGCUGGAAGUCUACGCUUGAACAGAUACUACAGCGGUGGUCCUGUGUGCUCACCAACACGUGGAACAGUACUGACCGGGCGCAAUCAUAAUCGCUAUUGUGUGUGGAGCGCCAAUACUGGCAACAACAAACCAGAUUUUGCUGUGGCUGAGCGCAUGCCAUUGCCAUCAUAUGAAUACACUAUUGCUACAGCUGCCAAGGCUGCGGGAUACUCAACAGCUAUGUUUGGAAAAUGGCAUCUUGGAGAUUUCUUUCAGUUGCCCAAGAGUAAUCCUAAAUGGCCGAUAUCACAUCCUGGAACACAUGGCUUUGAUGAGUGGUUGUCUACAGAGCGCUCUGCACCCACAGCAACAACCAACUGCGGAUGCUUCAAACCGGAUAAAUGCCAGAAUGGUCAUUGGCCGGACAAUGUUGCUUGUAACAACUACUGGGGUCAGAAUACACCUGCCUUGCACCUCAAUGAUGCUGGCGUUCACGGUUUUGGUGGAGCUCCUGUACCCGUUACAAACCUAAGCACACCUGUUCCUGGGGACGACAGCGAAUACCUCGGAAAUGUUGCUGAAAGCUAUAUUCGCAGACAAGUUUCCAGUGGAAGUCCUUUCUUCCUCUAUCUACCAUUCCAUACAGUGCAUAUUCGCUACGUUGCUGUGGAGCCUUUUGUCACAAUUUACCGCAGCCUGGGAAAGUAUUCACCGCAGGAGAUUGACUAUUUCGGAGCAAUUUCUGCAAUGGAUGCCCAGGUCGGUAGAAUACGAGCCUUACUCCGAGAACUUGGCAUUGAGAACAACACCAUGCUCUGGUUCAGUAGUGACAAUGGGCCUGCGCAUGGCACUCCGGGUCAAACCAAUGGGUUACGUGGGCACAAGACGGACCUGACCGAAGGUGGAAUCCGCGUCCCUGGACUCUUGGAAUGGCCUGACAGAAUCACACAACACCGCAUUGUGAACACCCCGAUUGUUUCUAGCGAUCUGAUGCCCACUUUCUUGGAGCUUGUUGAGGGACGUAUGCCAGAUAAUCGCCCAAUGGAUGGCCUGUCAGCUCUUGAUAUCAUUGAUGGCGUCUCCACCAAGCGUUCACACCCUAUAGGCUUUGCGUUCAAGAUCCAUGGGGACUUCAACAACACAUACCAUGUGGCCUGGGUGGAUAACCAGUACAAGAUCUAUGGACUGAUGAAGGAAGGCAAGUUGGCAGAGACUUUCCUCUAUGACCUGACCAAGGACCUGGCGGAAGCAAAUGACCUAUCCGCAAAGUAUCCUGAUAUUGCUAAGCGGAUGGUGGCUGACCUGGAGACUUGGCUUGUGUCAGUGGAGAACAGUGCUAAGACCGAGAGUCAGUGUUACUCUGUUAAAAGCUAUUUUGAAGAAGAUUCAAAGGAUUUCAAUGGCUGAUAACUAGGAUAAGGACAUUUACAUCAGGGAGUCGUAAAAUAACCCUCGCCAUGCUCUCACUGGAGGUCGAAGCACUCGUGCCCAAACUGAAUUAGUCUUUUGACAACGAGAUGCAUCGUUUUAGUGUCGCCUUUCGUCAGUAUUUUAUGACUCCCUGCUUUCCAUCAUAGUCCUAAUGAUGACUGCAAUCCGUUGACAUGACCAGUGACUAUACAGUACUGGGAUUAUGCUGUAGAAUGCACUUCAAGACAUCUGAAGUAGAUUCAGCAAUUCUAGGUUGCUCAUAUGUUGUUAGACUAAUCCUGGCUGCAUUCUCGUAUGGCCUGUGUGCCUUAUUACCAUCCUUGACAUCGUCUCAGUCUGAGGGACGAUGGCAUGCAUGUUGCAUGCAGGAACGCUAUUUCCGCAAUGGGAAAAUUGGUCUGGCUGAGUGGGAGCAAGUCUCGUGCGAACCGUCUGUAAAGUUUAUAUCAUUUUUUGGAGUGCCAUAUCCGGCCUGUUCAGAAGAGUCACAGCCUGUGCUGUUCGCAUGCUGUUCCGGUAUGUCCAUUCUUUGAUGUGCAGCAGGCUAUACAUGUAUCACUUGUCCAAUUAACUCUAGUUGUAUAAGGAAAUGUCCUGGCAUUGUGCACUUUGCCAUGCAAGCACGUGAAUUUCCUAACAUGUGCAUGCUGAAAGUACAGUGAUGUCAUCAUACACAAUUAUACUUAUUAUUAUUAUCAUCAUCAGCCCUGUCGUCUUUUGCCAUGGAAUCAUAUUCCUGUCAGAUGUUGACUAUCGCA